GUAUGUUGCGCAAUAUCCGCAAGCGUCAAGCGUUGGUGCAGUACAGUCGGGGCUGGCGUAACUGGCUAGCUAGCUGAUCCCUUGAAAUGGACGUGUUCCUAAUGAUCCGGCGUCACAAGACGACAAUCUUCACAGACGCCAAGGAAUGCACCACCGUGUAUGAGCUGAAGCGGAUUGUUGAAGGAAUACUUAAAAGACCUCCUGAGGACCAGCGGCUCUACAAAGAUGAUCAGUUGCUAGAGGACAGCAAAACUCUGGGAGACUGUGGAUUCACCAACCAGACUGCCAGACCUCAAGCACCAGCUACAGUCGGUCUGGCCUUCCGUGUAAAUGAUGAGAUGUUUGAGCAGCUGCACAUCGAGGCCUUCUCCAGCCCCCCCGAACUCCCCGACGUGAUGAAGCCUCAGGACUCCGGUAGCACUGCCAACGAGCAAGCGGUGCAGUGAUGGCGGUGCCGGCAAGGACGGGAGCGGCUGUGUGUGGUUUAACUGGAGUGAAGAAGUAAUUUAAUUUAAUGAAUGCGGACAUUAUAGGGGUAACCGAGCCUGCCCACGUUACCUUCACGCCAUCACAUCAGCGUCCCGCCUCCACCCCCCUCUACUCCUCACUUUCGCCAAAUUACUUCACAAUGUCUUUCUUUUUAUCUCCAGUUUCCACGCCAUGUGCAGCCCUGCUCCUUGAAUUCACCCGAAAGCACCAACCGUCACGAAAUUUGGAGUGAGAAAGUUGUUGGUUUGGAAAGUGUGAGUGUAUGUAAGCGUGCGUCUUUGAGUUGACUAUAAUUAUUAUCACUAGCAUUUUUGGGAAGGUGUAGUUGUGUGUCGCAGUGCGCUAGAUAUAAAAACCGCUCGGGUAAGAAUCCAGUAUUUGACUCUGCAUGAACAACUUCGAAGCUAAGGUUGCAGAUCUACCGCUGAGACGUUUACUUGGUCGGAUACUCACUGCUAUUUACUCCGCAUCACCA